CGCGAGUGACCAUAGUGCACCACCUUCCCGACCCGGCAGGUCUCACCGCAGCGCAGUUCCCGACCCUGAGUUUCCCGAGCCGCGAGUGCGUCGACGUCGGCGUGUCUGUGAUAAGUGUCUGUGUCUAUGUGUUUACCGCCCAGAAUUUUAGAGAAUCUCACUAACGGAUAAUAUCAAAAUGUCAAAAUCGAGCGCGUGGGUGACUCUAACAACAAACGAUUCGUACGCACUGGGCGCCCUAGUUCUAGCUGCCUCCCUGAAGAGAGUUGGCACCAAACAUGAACUCGCCAUCCUAGUCACGCCUGGUGUCUCCCAGGCCAUGAAAGCCCAGCUGAGAGCGGCGUUCAACCACGUUGAGGAAGUCGACGUGCUCGACUCGAAAGAUGUGGCCAAUUUGAAGCUGUUGACACGACCUGAGCUCGGCAUCACCUUUACCAAACUCCACUGCUGGCGACUCGUCCAGUACGAAAAAUGCGUCUUCCUCGAUGCCGACACCCUCGUUUUGCAAAACUGUGAUGAAUUAUUUGAGAAAGAAGAGUUUUCAGCAGCACCCGAUGCUGGAUGGCCGGACUGCUUCAACUCUGGUGUAUUUGUGUACAAACCCUCCGCGGAUACAUUUAGCGCCCUUAUUGAUUUUGCCCUUAUACACGGCAGUUUUGAUGGUGGAGACCAAGGACUGUUAAAUUUAUAUUUCAAAGAUUGGGCAACUAAAGAUAUUAGCAAGCACUUAUCAUUUGUAUACAAUAUGUGUUCCACAGCAACUUACUCAUACUUACCAGCCUUGAAACAGUAUGGUCAAAACAUAAAAAUCAUCCACUUCAUCGGGACAAGUAAGCCUUGGUUGCAUCAGUUUAAUGCAGAAACACAAUUAGUCAGUAUUUCAGAAACGACAACUCAUUUAGCUCCAUUUCUGCAAACCUGGUGGGAUCUCUUCUGUACGCAUGUCCAUCCAGUCCUUUCCUCAGAAAUGACAAGCAUUCGCCUCAGUAGCUGGUACUCUUCGCCCUCUUUCUCCUCACCUAAUCCUCCGAAUCUUUCCUUUUCGAGCAUUCCAGAGCCCCUCCCCACUCCUGCUGAACCGUACAUUUUCAGAGACCCUUGGGACGAUUUUCUCAACAAAGUCGAAACCCCAGAAUACCACCCACAAGAGCCUUUUCCACCCCAUGUUACACCCGAAAGUUCGAACUACCACAACGAUAAUUCACAUGAGCAACACACUCAAGAAAGUGGUCGUGAGCAUUAUUCGUAUCAGUCUCAUAGUAUUCACCAUAGUCAUGAUGAGCAUGUUCAGAAUUUUAAUGAAAAAUCAACUCAAGAUUCUCACCCUCCUGACAAUAGUUUUGCAAAUGAUUCCUCCGUUCGUGAUCCUAGUCCUGUAGAUAGUAGUCAAUUGCAGACGGACUCUGCUGGAAAUCAGGAUGAAUCAGGAAUAGCUGGUGCCCUCUCAAAGAUCAAAUUGGGCUCUGCCGCCUCUGCAGGAAAUGCUGUCAUCGAAGACCAUCUUCGCCGCCAAAGUUGGGAACAGGGAGUGAUAGAUUACAUGGGCCGCGAUGCUUUCACAAAUAUCUGGGACAAAAUCUGUCAAACUGUAGGAGGACCUAGUCAACCAGAGAUUCCAGAAGAAACUGUAGAAUCGACCUCCGAGGCACCAGCAGACAUCAAUUUGGUGGCAACGUCUGCCUCAACAGAGCAAGUGUCAGUCACUGCAGUCCAGACAAGCAUAGUAGGAUCAACAAAGACAGAAGUCUCGCAACCACAGCCAGUCAAACAGGCACAAUCAGCUGACGGUAAGAAGACGGUCCCUCCCAUAUCGACAUCAGAGCAAGCACCUUCCACCGCGCAGCCUGCUACGCCGACCGUCAUAGCCCCAACGCCGCCUCUUUCACCGGUUGCGGCAGCCGCAGAAGCAGUGGAAGCUCUGACAGUAAGCGAGGCGCAGCCUCCGGUCCCACCUAAAAGACAUCAAAAGAAAACAGAGGAGGCAGCGUCAUCAGCAGAGAAAGAAGACUCACAACAAAAACAGAAAGGCAAGGGUAAGGGUAAAAAAUGAGAAGGGAACUGCUGAGUUGUUAUAGAUUUUAUUCUUUUUUACUUUUUAAGGCGAUGAGGAAACUCCCCUCGCGCCUUUUUGCUCUUAGUUCAGCCAAAUUGAGAUUUUAGCAUGAAUAUUUGAUGCUUUUGUAUUUAACUCCGUGAAUUAAGUUUUUCUUAUUUGUUUAUGUGCAUCUUAAUGUAUGAGGAGGAAGUAAUGAAAUGUGAAUUACGUUCUUGGGUAGAAAAUUACCUUUCUAAAUGAUGUUGUUGAAUUAAUAUACUGAGAUUAUAUUUAUUUUUCUUUGUUGCCAUCUGAGAAUUAUAUCGUGCUCCUAAUUUUGUCUGUUUGCCUAUUUUGGUUCACAGUUUUAGAUUUAUGAUUUAGUGUCAUUAAAAUUCAGUCCAAAGAAAUCAACGCCUUCUUAAUAUUUCACACUCUGUGAAUGAAAAACGUAAUUGUUCCUUCAAAAAGUUGCAAGACAAAAUAUUAACGCAAUUAAUUUCAUUGAAAAUCCCAACUUAUCAGAUUAUUGUAACUAUUAAUGUUUUUCAAAGUUAUUCAAUUUCAGUUAUAAUUCACCUUUUAGAGUGUCCUAUUGAAUGUUAUUUGCUAACUGUGUAGGUAUUUAUUGGAUAAUUAAUACUCAGUUGCUAUGACGGAAGCAAGGUACAUAGUUGCAGAACCUCUCAGAAGGUUAGAUCCGACAGUUGCUAUUGUUAUUAACUAUUUUAUUUCAUUUAUUUACUUAUUUAUUUUUUCUUGAACAUGCCUUUGGUUGAGAUCUGGUUCUCUACACAAGAAGACAAAAUAAGGGUACAAAAAGCGAAAACACCAUAAAUUUUAAAUUAUUAAAUUGGAGCAAAGCAGAAAAUUUCCUCGCAAAAUAUGUAUUCUUUAUUUAAUUAUCAGAUUAAUUUUUAAUCACCAGAAUGUGUCCUUAGUAAUCUUCAUCAAAGGCAAUGCACUACUUAUUGAAGGGUGGAAAUUACUUUUGUUACCUUUUUAUAAAAAUUUGGAAUCCUCUCGGCUAGUCUUUUGUUCUGUUGGCACUUCCUUUGUCUUUUUUUAUGCACUAAAUUUAACAGACAUUUUUUAUGCGUUUGUAUGUCCUCUUUGUUACUUGUAUUCUUAUUUUAAUAAAUUAUUUUAACUUUUUUGAAAAAUUGUA